AUGGGCUUCGGCUGUCGAGCCACCCGUCGUUACCUGUCAAGCGGGCUACGUCGCCAGUCGUGGAUGCAGAAUACGGACAAAUUAGGAGAAGAAGCUAGUGAGGACCAACUUUCGGGACGGAUACACAUUCUGGGACUGGGAAAUGUGGGAAAUUUUGUUGCACAUUCAUUGGCGACCAGACCGUCUCGGCCGCCUAUGACUUUAAUGCUUCAUAACCCCCGCUUCUAUCAGUUGCUGGUGCAAAGGAGGAAUCGCAUUUCUCUCUUUACCAAUGGCUUAGAUGACAUCAAAACAGAAUUUGAUGUUAAUGUUCGGAGCAAUGAAGCAUGGUAUUCGUUGCCUUACUCGGCGCAGGUCGUUGACCGAGGAGGAGAACACGAGCUGAGUGAGAAGCUUCUAAAGAAAGCGGCUGAGGAGCAAUUGGCUCAUGCAGAGCGAGACGAUGGUCAUAUAGAGUGUCUGGUUGUCACCUGCAAGGCAACGGACACUGUUAGGGCCCUACUAAGUGUCAAAGAACGUCUAACACGAGAUUCGACCAUACUCUUUCUUCAGAAUGGCAUGGGACAAAUUGACGAGGUUAACGCAUCGGUUUUCCCCAAUCAGUCGGACCGCCCAAACUACAUGUCUGGUGUAAUCAGCCAUGGCUUGUUUCGCAAAGCACCGUUUCAUGUGGCCCACACUGGAAUUGGUUCCACGAUACUUAGCCCUUUACCACGCGGAGGUAUCGACCUUUCAGCGAAUCAUGGAUACGAUGUCGACUGGGCUCCGACAACCAAGUACUUGCUUCGCAGUUUGACUCUCGCACCAUCCCUUGUUGCCGUCGCGGUGACACCUUCCGAUCUUAUUCAAUAUCAGCUCGAAAAAUUGGCUACGAACUGUGUUAUCAACCCGCUAACGGCCAUUCUGGAUUGUCUCAACGGGGAGCCCCUCUACCACUUCAGUUUCUCCCGUGUCAUGCGAUUGCUACUUAUUGAAAUAUCGAGUGUUAUUUGUGCCCUGCCAGAAUUGCAAGGUGUUCCUGGAAUCGAGCAUCGUUUCUCCGUGGAGCGUCUGCGCCACAUCACUGUGAAACUGAUGAAUAAGACCGCAAAAAACAGCAGUUCCAUGCUGCAAGAUGUCCGGGCCAGAAGAAAUGUUGAGGUCAACUAUUUGAACGGCUACAUUGUGCGUAGGGGCGAAGAACUUGGGAUUAAAUGCACGCUGAACUAUAUGAUUAUGCACCUGCUCGCUGCUAGACGGGGAAUACUCAUGCAGAGAGAGGCGGAGGCAAUCCCUAUCAAGCAUCCCGCCAUUGAAUUUGGAGAAUCCUAA